UCCAACGAAAAGAACUGUUCAGUGAACUAAACACUAUGAAGUGAUAGUUGAAAGUGAAUGGUUACUUUAGUGGACUUCCUGUUUAUGUGUUCUUGUGUAUAAUUAAUUUUUUGUUCGUUCUAUAUCGUAUUGCAUUUACAAUCUUAAACAAAAGGGAAGUGAAUUAAGAAAGGAUAAAAGGAAAAGUAAAUAGGUAUAUAUAAUGUCGAUAGUGUUUUCAUGAACAGUGCGGCAUAGAUCUUGAUCGUUUAACGAAUGGUUAUGGGGACAUGAGUAACGAAUACAAUCCGGACUUUCCUAAAGUUGUAUGCACACGGAGAACAGAUGACCGAGGAGAAACGAGCGAUGAUGAUUUUUCGAAAGCAGCUGAUAAAAGUGAGAAUGUCUUGCAGGAAACGGUUAAAAAUUAUUCAGAAGAGAGAGUGCAAGAAAUUACGGUUGAACCGGGGAAAUAUUCCCAGAGAAUACAGGGGGAUUCCCAAGUAGAUUCAUCUUGGCGAACAAUCGAACAUUCUCAGAAUGAUUCCGUUUCAAGAGGCAGCGAAAACCUUUCGAAACGCAACGUUGUUGGACUAGGUGGUUCUCCAUGGAAAGUGGACGAAAAUGUUGUAGAACGACGCAAUCUCGGCGCUGCCUUCAAAUUGAAAGAGACCUCUUUCGAAAUACGCGAGGACAAACCGUUGCGGGGAAUAUAUGACGAUCCGUUUGGAAAUUCUGAAGGGAGAUACUCUUGGAAAUCGGAAAAUUGUUGGAGCAGUUCGCAGAAAAUGAAUAGAAAUUUAUCGAAAGGUUCGAGAGAAUGUUCCCGCAGGUCUAGUCAGGGAAGUUCCGCAGAAACGAGUGAAUUAGAAACAUCGUGGAAUUUGAGAAAUAAUGAGAAACAUUUGUGGAGAUUAGAAACAAGUUCUCCGCGAGCUCCAACAUUUACAAAUUUGGCUUUGAACGUAUCAUACGCGGGUUUAGAUAGUUUCGAUAGUUUGGACGCCGAUUCUCCGAAGAAUCUUGAGGAAGAUCUGCCCGAAUUCUGGGAGGAUUUCAGUGUCGUCCAAUGUUUGGAGGAGAAAUUAUCAGCGAGCGAUGAAAGUACGGUGGAAGAAAGGGUUGAAGCUCUGAAGGAAGUUCUGGCAGAGACUGAUAUUCACGAAGGAGAUGGAAUUGUGUCGGAUUUUUUGUUUCAUGUUGCGAGAACAAAGCAUGGAAAGAUUUAUAUCAGGGUUAUUAGAACAAUGCUUCUUAAUCGAGUUCUAUGUAGCAAUCGAGUGAGCCAAAUGACCAAGACCUAUAAUGACAUAGAAGCAGUUACAAGGCUUCUGGAGGAGAAAGAAAAGGACUUGGAAUUGACUGCACGUAUUGGUAAAGAACUUCUAUCGCACAAUCAAAAACUCGAAACCACGGUCACCAGUUUAGAAACAGGUUUGAAAGAAGCCAAUGAAAGAAUUACACAACUUACGCACGAACUCGCAAAGAAGACAGAAUUAAUUCAAAUACUAACAAAUGAUACGGAAGAAUCGAGCUCUGAAGCCGGCUCGCCCACCGGACUUUGUAGCAUUAGUCUUGACAUGAUGCAAAAAAAGAUCAGUACUCUCGAAGAUGAAAAUAAACAGUUGAGAGCUGAAUUUGCAAAAUUGAUGCAUGAGGCUGAUAAUUCGGAAGAACAGGAGGCGAAGCUUGUCAAAGAUAUUGCUGCUCAACUCGUAAAUGCAAACAUAGAAGUAGAUGGAAUGUCAGAAGAGCUUGACAGGCAGAAGGAAGAAAAUCGACUGCAACACGAACAAAUCAUCAGUUUGACAGCAAAAUUAGCUGAAACAGAAUUGAGAUUGGCACAGUUGAUGGCCGAACAUGAUGAAGUUGGAGCUACGUUACUCAUCACCAAGGACAAUCAGAACACUCUGGCGAGCGAGUUGGCCGAAUUCAAGGAUCGAUACACGGAGGUGGUGAAUUUAUUGGCGGAAACUCAGGAACAAUUGCGAAAACAAAGAAAAAAAGGGAUGCCAACGGUUAAAGGAGGAUCUUUGUUCCCUUCAAUGGGUGCGGCACCACAACCAGAUUCCAUUGCUUCAGAAUUAGAAUCAUCUCUUUAUUCUGAAUUCAGCUUAGAUUCUGGCAUCAGCACUGACAGGAUACCAACGUACAAGAAAGUUUUCGAAACUGUGAGAAGCGCAUCAAGAAACACUACUUAUGCAGCUGAUGGAAAUCAAUUUCCACGACUAUGUUCAAUGACAACAUCGACAUUAUCAAGCGGUUCUACUGGACCACGAAUGAGUUGUGGACAAAUUCGUCCUUUGGUAUCGACUGGUCCACAACAAACAGGAGUACCAGGUGCACCUGGAGCAGCAGAUCUGGAAGCAGCUCUUCGAAGAUUAACACCUGCAGAAGUUCUUACAAGACGUGCUUGUCUCAGCACUGGUGCAGGAUAUAGUUACGAUUAUGAUACUGGAGCUCGUUCUCCUUCGACUUUCAUACCUAUUGGUUGUAGAACUCCGGACAGUAUUAUGUCCACCGGAAGUAGUGGAAAUUUAAGUGGCUAUAGUGGAAAUACAUGGAGAAUACCUGAAAAGUUGCAAAUAGUGAAACCUAUCGAAGGUUCACAAACUUUGCACCAUUGGACACAACUAGCUACACCUACUUUAGGUGGUCUUCUGGAAGAACGACCAGGAGUGAAAACGCGUGGAGGUCGUGGCUUAGAAGAUUUAGGCCUAGUUACUUUCAGUCUAAGUGACCUUGAAGAAGACGAAGAGUACGCUAACCCUGGAAAACUCUUUCAAGAUACUGGUUCUAUAUAUACCUUCACCAAUAGUACUGUUCUUCACCCUGAUGAUCACACAAGUGUAACUCCGAGUAUUGUGGGUAGCAGAGUUGCAACUGCACCUAGUAGUGCUUUAAAUUCUGGUAUGAGUACUCCAAGAACAUUAAGCAGGAGGAAUUCGACUUCAACAUUUUCAACAACACUUGGACUUGCAAAAAUGUUGAAUGAAAGAGGUAUUAAAGCUGUAACGCCUUCUUCUGUAAGAACUCCAAGUGGAGAAAGGAACUUUACACCUACUGCAACACCUUGUAAUAGUCCUGAUGCUAGUCCUCCAGAAAGUCGAUCUAGUUCACCAACUCGAGAAAGUGGCCCUCUGGGAUUAUUAUCCAGUGGAGCAGAAUUGUUAAAGAGAACAUUUGGUGGAGAGACAGAGGUAAAAAGAAAACGAACCGUAUUGUCGAGAUCAGACAAGAAAGCUCUUACCAGUAUCCGUUUAGUAGAGAAGCUCGAAAGAAUAGGUAUCGACACUAUAAUGGCUACAACGGUUUGUUCCUCUAUCUCUCCGUUAGCACUACAAGGUUCUUUGUACACUAGACGUGGUACUGAAAGUCCUAUGGCUCAGUUAACUUUCCUGAAAAACUCCAUCUCCUUAAGUGGAAGUCAAGAGAAACUUUCACCUUCUUCCACUACUACUGAUUCCUCAUCCACAAAACGGAGAAUGGUUGGAAAGAAACGGGAUGAAUCAAUAUCAAACAGGGACUCUACUAGACAAAGAAGAACUGGUGCUAGGGCCACAAGACCUGAUCUUGGACAGGUUACGCCUGCGAUCCCCGUUGCGGUUACAAAAGAAUCUCCGGCACAGUCUGCGUUAGGAACUAUUAGCUCGCUUUUGUUUGGGCGAAAGGGUGGAUUACUUUGAGACCAUUGUUUGUUGAACGCUAAGUAAACUAUGAGACAGAACUCAAAUAAGUUUCUAACAUGAUAUAAUGAAAUAUUGUCGGAGCAGUGAUAAA